AUUUCCAUGUAUUUCACAGUUUCGUUGUCGGUUAUCAUUCAGCGAAUCAGCGACAAUCGCAGAGCGAAUGGCGAUUGGUUGAACGGUAGACUGGCGAGUCGGGCGACGGGCGUUGAAGAAAAGAAAAUGGCAAAAUGGUGUGAUCCAUUGAUCGUUUCUGGAAGGUGACAGUGAGAGGCGGGGCGAUGGCUGCCGGCUCUGAAUUUGUCGAGGGCUGGUUAGUCGCCCAAGUGUUGGGAGAAGGUGCAUAUGGCGAAGUGCGGCUACUGGUGCACGCGCGCAGCGGCGCCGCCGUGGCGCUGAAGGUGGCGCGCGGCCACGGCCAGGCGGACGGGGCGCAGGCCGACGGGGCCGCGCCCGUGCAGGCGCGCGAGGCCGCGCUGCACCGCGCCCUGCGCCACCCGCACGUGCUGCGCUGCCUGGGCGAGCGCACGCACCAAGGCCUGCACUACCUGUUCCUGGAGUACGCGGCGGGCGGCGAGCUGUUCGACCGGAUCGAGCCGGACGUGGGCAUGUGCGAGGAGGCGGCGCGGCGCUACUGGCUGCAGCUGCUGGCCGGCCUGGAGUACCUGCACGGCCGCGGGGUGGCGCACCGUGACAUCAAACCUGAGAAUUUGCUACUGGAUGCCCGCGACCAACUGAAGAUCUCUGAUUUUGGCAUGGCGACACUGUUCAGGCACGGAACGCGCGAGCGACUCCUGACGCGGGUGUGCGGCACCGUGCCGUACGCGGCGCCCGAGGUACUGGGCGCGGCCGCGCGGCCCUACCGCGCGCCGCCCGCCGACCUGUGGGCCGCCGCGCUCGUGUUGCUCGCCAUGCUGGCCGGCGAAUUGCCGUGGGAGCGCGCGUGCUCGUCUGACGCGCGAUUCGCGGCCUGGAGCGCGUGGUGGGAGGCGGGCGCGGGCGCGGCGCCGCCCGGCCCCUGGCGCAAGCUGAGCGCGGCGGCGCUGGCGCUAGUACGGCGCGCGCUGGCGCCCGACGCCAGCCGGCGCGCGGGCCUGUCCGCGCUGAAGGCCGCCGCCUGGGCGCGCGCGCGGCUGUGGCCGGAGAACGAGGAGCGCGCGUGGCGUUCCCAACCGACGGCGGGUGACGCGACGGACGCGCCGGACGAGCUGUCGGCGGCCGACAUGGACGCGCUCAUCAGCUACUCGCAGCCCGCGCACGCCGACGACGUCCUGCUGGGCGCCGAGCACCCGCCCGGCGAGCACGCCGUGGGCCGCCGCAUGACGCGCGUGUGGCUGCGCGGGGACGAGGCGCGCGCCCUCGCCGCGCUGGGGGACGCGCUGGCCGCCCGCGGCCACUCCUGGCGCCGCGGGGCGCGCACGCUGGUGGCCGAGCUGGGCGCGGGCGGGGGCGCGGGGGCGGGCGUGCGCCUGCGCGCGGCGGCGCUGCGCUGCGGCGGCUGCACGCUGCUGGAGUUCCGGCGCACGCGCGGCUGCGGGCUGCAGUUCAAGCGCUGCUUCGUGGAGCUCCGGGACGCGCUGCAACACCUGCACGCGCCGGCGCCCGACCCGCACUAGGCGCUCGCUGGCAGCGGCGAGAUCCACCGACGAUCGUUUUAUACGACUCUCUAAUUAGCAUGUAAUUAUUGUUAAAGCGAGUGUUCUUCAACAUAUAGACUGAGUAAACUAAGAACAUAUCAUAGUUUAAGUAAAAAAAAUCAUUAAAUUAAUUGAAUGGUGUGCUAUCGGUAACAUUCACGACCAAGAAUCUUGUUAAUAAUUAAAAAUACGUUAAUUUUCUAA